AUGCGUUCCUUUCUGUCGCGGUGCCCAGGGGGAAGACAGUUUCUCUCAACCACAGAAUCAGUGCUCUCAACGAACGGGUUCGCUUAUACCUUUCUCGGUCUGUAUGUGGCUUGCAACGUGCUAUUAUUUCUCGAUGCUGCCGUCAUGGAGGCCAACUUACACACAGAUUUUCAAAAAUACGUAACCGCAAUUGCCCGAGGAUGUGGAGCCACCAUCAAUCUCAACAUGGGCGUCGUGAUACUUCUCGCUUCAAGAUCAACGUUGAGUUUCCUGAGGGAAACUCCUUUGAAUAUGGUCUUACCACUUGAUAAAGCAAUGCCAGAACUCCACAAAGUUGUUGGAAUACUGAUCGUGAAUGCAGGUAUUUUGCACUCCGCAACACAUUGGGCUACCUACAUAGCGAAGAAGCCAUGGUUGGGCGGUUUCCAAGGAAGUACAUCCCUUUUUGUAAGUGGGACGAUUUUGCUUAUUUUGGCGGUAGCAAUUCGGGUUGUAGCAAGGACCGUCGUGUAUCAGUCAAACUACGAAGCCUUCUAUCGCAUUCAUGUAGGAGGUGCUAUUGCUAUGUUUAUCACUAUUGUGAUCCAUGGACUUCACUACGGGGUUCCCAAUACUUGGAAAUGGAUUGUUGGACCCGCUAUUAUUUACGUUAUUGACGUUAGCGCGAGGACAUUUCGAGAGAAGAGAUCAUAUCUUCUUGUAUCCAAGCAUUCAGCAGUGUUCCAAGGUCCCGACAUUUUGAAGAUUAGACUGCCGCGAGUCUUUCAUUUUGUUGCAGGUCAAUAUGCGGAACUCAAAGUGCCUGCAAUUAGCCAUUUUCAGUGGCAUCCAUUUACAAUAGCGUCUGCUCCUCACGAAGCAGAGAUGACUUUCUAUAUCAAAGCUGUUGGUGAUUGGACUAUAUCCUUGUACCAACUUUUUGGAGAACGGAUACGUUCUAAUGGAGCCGAUAUUGAGGUGCACAUCCGCGGACCCUUUGGUGCGGCCACGCAACACGUAGGACAGUUUGACAGGGUUAUUUUGAUCGGUGGAGGUGUCGGGGCAACUCCUUUCUGUUCGGUCACAAAAGACUCGUAUAACUGGAUUUCCAACUGGACUCCUUCGAAGAGGAAGAAACAAAGCAAGAGCCCUCUAGUACGCAACUUCAUUGAAAAUCGGCCUCGUGGACGGCGUCCCUUCAACAUCACAGAGGACUCUGCCCGGAAUUCUCGUAACGAGGAGCACCGUUCCAAUCCUCGUCAUGGUUCCAGAUUAGCAAGAGCUGCAGACUCGGAAACAUCAGAUUCUCACAUAUUCACGACAAACGUCUUUUCAGAGACUCUAGCUCUGUCAGACUUAGCACGGAUGAGCGACGCAGGUGAGUCUGUGGAAGAGCUUAUCUCUUGGAGAGGAAGACAAAUGGGUCAUGCAAUGCUAGAAUCCCUCCAGAACUCGCCGGAACAAAGCAACGACAGGGGCAACGACAAUCAAGACGAGCAAGGGGAGACUUCAAAUUCUGGGAGAGAAUACGUUUCCGCAGAGGGCUCAUCCUCGAACUCAGCUGAGACUGAACUCAACUUUAGAAAUAACAUGGGAAACGCACAUGAGACGUUGCAGGCAAGUCAAUUCGACGCACGAGCGUCUUCCAGAUCAUUAAGCAAGCACGCAACUGCCUCUAAGGCCUCAACAACGAGGAAGUUUGCUCAACCGUUCUCCAGGUCUUUACAGGCGUACGGUGAUGAGGAUGGUAUGGGUUCUUAUCGCGAGAACUCGUCGGGUCACCAACGACAGAGUGUUGAUUACUAUUCAGCACUGUACUCUGCCUACUCUGACCAAGAAAACAACGAGAUCUACCAAAAGAGUUUGCACAUGAUCGUUGGAAUGAGCUUCGGGUCCGUUUCUCUCGUAAAAAAUAUGCAAAGGCGCCGAGCGCGCAAAAACAUAACGCAAGCAGGUGCAGAGCAACUCCCGGUGGUAACGGAAUCUGAAGAUCUUCGCAUAUUUGACAACCCACGGGUUUUGUUUUUGUUAUUUCUGCGAAGCGUGACUAUAAACAUGGUGCUGCUUUGGCUCCUCAUCAUUCGCUUUAUCCUGGCUGGGACAGCGUACGUUUUCGAUGGACUUCGGGUUUUCGACAAUAGUAUAGCAAUUUACAAGAGUUCUACUCUCACAAAAGUGGAUUUGGUUCUGGUAUGCUUGGUGGUAUUGCUUGUUGGCAUCCCGUCUGUUUUGGAGAUCGUCGAACUCGGUGCUGCCCCUGUACACGGAAUCGAUCUAUUUGUGCUCACGCCUCUCGCUCUCUUUGGUUUGGUGGCUGACUCCGCCGUCCUGCUCGGGGUUGGAAAUAACGUCCAACUAUUCGCAGUUAUCCAUCUCUUUGUGAUUUGGCCCAUAUUGGCGAUACUCCUCAUGAUGCGGUUACUGCGUGUGAUUGGAGAAAGAAUUGCACAAGCGGAAUGCCUUCUACAGACGCACUCAAGCACCAAAGCAGUCGAUUUCUACUGGACCGCUCCGACACCAAAUGACGACAAAUGGCUCGUCAACGAACUUGCGCCAUACUCUAACAAUGAGAAGGUGCAAAUGCACCGCUACCUCACAAGAAUCACCGAGGCGCCAACAAAUACUGUAAUACAACCUCCGAAUAAGCAAUACCUUCAUACAAAUUACGGACGACCCAAAUGGAGCGAGAUACUGAAUGAAACGGCAGAGAACUGCAAAAACAAUACAACCAUCGGAGUAUUCUUCUGCGGCCCUCAUUCGAUGGGCCAGGCGGUGCAGGAUGCGUGUAUGGACGCAAUGAGGAACAGCAUCAUUCGAGGACUUCACUCUGGGGCGCAUGCGAUGCGACGUCUGGAAGAGGUCUUCGGAGAAGCCGUAUCAGCGAACGUGUACACAGGUGAGAGGGCGGACUCGAAGCGUGCAGGUGCCAACGGGUGUAACGUGAAGUUUGUUUUCAAGCGGGAGUCUUUUGCAUAG